GCUUUUGAUAUAUCUAGCUGAAGUGGGCUUUAAUAAAAAGCCCAUGUAUUGUUGAUUAACACAUACCCAAAAGCAUUAAAAAGGUGUUUAAAAACUUAAAAGUGAAAAACCCAAUCGGAGUUCCUUGUAAAUUCUACGGUUGGUCUCCCGUGUUUCUGGGUGGCUGUUGUUUUUCGUCGGCAAUGGAAUCGGAGAAGAAAGGCAGAUACUUUGCAACCACUUUGACUUGUUAUCCCCAAGUCUUCAUGCUUCUUUUCGAGAUAACGUUACUAACGGUUCGGACUCACUACCUUGUACGCUUUCGAGAAGGAAACAAUCACUUUCUUCUCCGCUGGUCAGAAGCAGAAGACGAGGAGAGACCAGGUUAAGAUACUAUUAAGGGGAUUUAUAUGUUUACAAAGACAGGACAAUUCAAGUCACCCUUUCUUCAUUUCUGGAUUUGGAAUCUUGCAACUUAUUUACUGGCUUUUGUUUUUCUUGUUUGAGAUUUUCAUUAUGGGAACUACCUACACUUAUCUCUAAACAUGUUUCUUCGGUUUGACAGGGUUUGAUUAUCCUCAACUUGUCUUUUACAUCAGCAAGGAAGCGUGAUCAUCUCAGGUGAGCUACUUUAUAACCGAAGAACCAUCAUCAACCUGGAGACGUUCUGAAAAUGGACUUAGCUUCCAAGAAGAACACAGCUAAUGUCGGAUCCAAGGAGAUAGACCCAAACGUAAAACCUAAGUCGCCUCGUGGAAGCCUCUCUCCAUUUUCACUUAAACUAGGAGACAAUGUUCCCAGGAACCCUCAUUUCGAUCCCAAGAAGAUGGAUCCUUUGGUCAAACAUCAACCCUCGAAAUCUCAUGAACCUCCUCCUUCUGCAACCAGAGCGACCAACAAUGAGGGUGAUUUAAAGCAUAACACCUAUUCUAGCGAUGGUGAUAGCUUAGGUAUGCGGAAGAAUGCUCCUAAAAAUCUUCAUUAUGAUCCCAAGAAGAUCGUUCCUUUAACCACCCCUGAAAUACAAUCGCCGAGCGGAAAUCAUCACCACCAUAGGACAAAGUCCCCAGACAACAAGAGAGCCCCUAGACAUAAUGCGGACUAUGGCUAUGGUGAUAACUUGGUGAGUCCAUCAGCUACACCUUUCAAGCCUCACACAGGAGGGGACGUCAGAUGGGAUGCCAUUAACUCAGUCGCGUCAAGAGGCCCUCAAAUAGGUCUUGACAACUUCAGGCUUCUGAAACGUCUAGGGUAUGGGGACAUAGGCAGCGUUUAUCUAGCGGACCUGCGAGGGACAAAUGCAGUUUUUGCGAUGAAGGUGAUGGAUAAGGCGUCCUUGGCCAGCAGAAACAAGUUGCUGAGGGCACAGACUGAAAGAGAAAUUCUAUCUCUGCUAGAUCAUCCCUUCUUGCCAACGCUCUAUUCGUACUUUGAGACCGAUAAAUUCUACUGUCUAGUCAUGGAGUUCUGCAGCGGCGGAAAUCUCCAUUCCCUAAGACAGAAGCAGCCCAGCAGGCGUUUCACAGAAGAGGCCGCAAGGUUCUAUGCGUCUGAAGUACUAUUGGCUUUGGAAUAUCUACACAUGCUGGGGAUUGUGUACAGAGACUUAAAGCCAGAAAACAUUCUUGUUCGUGAUGAAGGCCACAUAAUGCUCUCUGACUUCGACCUCUCCCUCCGUUGCACCUUUAAUCCGACCCUCGUUAAGUCCUCCUCAGUCUGCAGCGGAGGAGGUGCUAUCCUCAACGAGGAAUUUGCAGUCAAUGGCUGCAUGCAUCCAUCUGCCUUCCUGCCGCGCCUCCUCCCUUCCAAGAAAACCCGUAAAGCCAAAUCCGACUCUGGCCUUGGCGGCCUCUCUAUGCCGGAGCUCAUGGCAGAGCCAACAGAUGUGCGGUCAAUGUCCUUUGUUGGCACGCACGAGUACCUUGCUCCAGAAAUCAUACGUGGCGAGGGACAUGGCAGUGCUGUGGACUGGUGGACAUUCGGGAUCUUCCUCUAUGAGCUUCUCCAUGGGACCACCCCGUUCAAGGGGCAGGGAAACAGAGCCACACUGCACAACGUGGUGGGUCAGCCGCUGAAGUUCCCGGAUAGCCCGCAUGUGAGCUCAGCCGCACGUGAUCUCAUCCGCGGACUUUUAGUGAAGGAUCCUCACAGAAGGAUUGCUUACACGCGGGGAGCCACAGAGAUAAAGCAACACCCUUUCUUUGAAGGAGUGAAUUGGGCUCUGGUACGCAGCGCUUCCCCUCCUCACAUUCCUGACCCUGUUGACUUGGGACCAUACACUGCCGCUAGAGGGAAGGCCAAGAACCAUGGAGCUGGUGACCACUGUAACUCAAUUAAACCUGAGCCUCUGGUCGCCUGUGCUGCUGGUCCAACCGAUGAUACGGCAUAUAUAGAUUUCGAGUACUUUUAGACAAAAACUAUACAAGCUAAAAAUUUCUGUAUGUUUACUUUUGUUCAUAUUCUUUAAUUUUUGACGAAUACAACUUGUGAUUUAUAAAGAAGAACAACUGACUUGGUUUAA